GGGUGAGAUUAAUCUUCACCAUCGCAGGGAAGAGUGACGUAGAGUAGGAAGUGAUUGCUGGUACUGUUGGCUUAAUUCCUGUUGGAAAAACACACUGGGAGAUACACUUCGUGAGAUACCUGACUGAUACCAUUGGCAGUGUAAGAGGCGGGCUGUUGUGAAUCACUAUAGGUUGCCUAUUGGUCCGUCCAUCACAACCAUUGCUAGCUUUGGAGGAAGUAUAAUACUAUUAUUUAGCCAUUUUAUCCACGAAUAGUUCUUCAUUUCGACUGCAGUAUUCAAGCGAGUAACAUCGUUUGUGAAGACCUUAGAUAUAUUCAUCUUAUUUUUGAGUGAGGAAUUGGAUACCAAAAUGAACGUGAAACUGAGUGUCGGAGUGCUGUGCCUUCUUGUAAUUGUAUCAAAAUGUUACGGUCAACAAGAACAAACUCCCGAACGGGAACUUUUAAAUGCCAUGAUGCCAAAGAUCCUGCUGGAGGAGUACACAAAUGAAGCCACUAGGGAAGGAUAUAACUUUUCAUACAAAACUUCCGAUGGAUCCGUUCGGGAGGAAGUGGGUGUCAUCAUGAAUCCUGGUACCGACAAAGAGGAGUUGGUAGUGAUGGGUGUGUAUGGCUAUGAAGAUGGUGAAACCAGAACGAUGACCAUGUACACAGCUGACAAGAAUGGAUACCGACCACGUGUUCAAAUCAAAAACAGGAAAUUGAAUCCAAAACUUCUAGGAUCUCUUGUUGGAUAGAUAGAAAUCGCUAUGAAUAAAAAAAUGGAAUAAAUUACUUAAAUUGGUUUGUUUUUAGAAUUAUUGAUCAAGUUUGAUUUAAUGAUAUUUUCUAUUGUAAAUAUAUCAAAUUUGUUUAUAGCUUUU